UACUAUUACUAUUUCCUUCCCCUAAUUAUUUUUUAAACCUCAUUUAAUUAAUUAACCUCACCCGUCAAUUUCCCUCCUCAGUCAAAUCGAAUUUUAACUUUGAAACCGGAGACAUCAUGAAAGGAAAGCAAACACCAGCUCAACUUAUUCCCUAUCUACAAAACAAGAAAUAAAUUCCACAAAGCCAAGAAUCUUUGCAUCUCUCUCCACAUUCCCUUCCUCAUCUCAAAUCUUUCCCAUUCCCGUACAAUUCAUCCUUAUUGCCCACAUCCCAAAUCUCCCACACCUACCUCCACCCACCGUGCAUUCCACGCGCCAUUGCCUCUGCCGGCCCAACCAACAUCUUCCUUAGUAGUUAGUACUCACCCCAUUAAUUAAAACGCUAAAAACAAAAAACCACUCCAAUUCAGACAUUAACCGAGUCAGCAAUGCUAAAUUUAAAAUGAGAAUAUAGGGAGUGGAUGACGGAGGCGCGUAUAGGAAACGCACCACCAAGGAAAGAAAAAAAGAAAGCUAGAGAUCUCGCAACACUCACUCUCAAGUAAGAAGACCCCCAAAUCCCGGAAAAAUAAAAAUCAUAAGAAAAAGCAUCAGCAACAGUACCCACAAUAAAAAGCUGAAAAGAAAGAAAAACAAGAUCCACCUCGAACCUCUCUCCACACCACCAGUCUCUCUUUCUCAAUCAAAUUGUAGAGAGAGAUUCCUCAUCCCCUGGCGUUAAAUUAACAAAACGCCAAUCGAGUCCUCCAAUUCGACAAAUGAGGGAAGAGGAUUCCAAUUGGUUCUCGCGAUGGGAAGAGGAACUCCCAUCUCCGGAUGAACUCAUGCCCCUAUCGCAAACCCUAAUCACACCCGAUCUAGCCAUGGCCUUCGACAUCCGAAACCCUCACACCACGACCGCCGCGCAACAACAGCAGCACCAGCCUCCGCCGCCCUCCAACCCUUCCUCGCUCCCCAACCCGCAGCCCACCUCCGCCGAGUUCGCCGACUCCGCCGAGCUCGGCUCCGGCACCGCCGGCGAGGAGCCCGCCCGCACCCUCAAGCGCCCCCGCCUCGUCUGGACCCCACAGCUCCACAAGCGCUUCGUCGACGCCGUCGCCCACCUCGGCAUCAAAAACGCCGUUCCCAAGACCAUAAUGCAGCUCAUGAGCGUCGACGGCUUGACCCGCGAGAACGUUGCCAGCCACCUCCAGAAGUACCGCCUCUACCUCAAGCGCAUGCAGGGGAUUACCUCCGCCGGGGCCGGCGGCCCUGGCGGUGCCGCCUCCGCCGCCGACCCCGCCGCCGACCACCUCUUCGCCAGCUCCCCGGUUCCCGCCCAUUUCCUUCACCCCGCGGCGCGGCCGAAUUCGGACCACUUCCUGCCGUUUGUGCCGGUGCCGGCGCUGCACCACCACCAGCAGCAACAGCAGCUCGCGGCGGCGCAGUACCACCACCGGCAGGUGGGGCACUUCGGGUCGCCGCCGAACGGGCACUUUGAGAACCCGUUCAUGUCUAGGCCGAGUCUUCAGAGGAUGGGGGGUGGCCCUGUGCACAAUCACCACCCUGUUUCUGGUUAUGUGGAGGACAUGGAAUCUGCUAAUGCUGCCUCUGGAGGUAGAAAGGUUCUUACUCUGUUCCCAACUGGAGAUGAUUGAUUGAAUUUGAGUUAUAUCAUGAUGAUGAUGAUGAUGGUAGUAAUAGUUUAGUGUCUCCUUGUUGUGUUGUGAAUGUGGAGUUAAUAUUUGGUCAGUCAGGGUCUUAGUUGGUAAUUUUGUAUUAGGGUUGUUGGUGAUUAAUUUGGUGUUGUUGCUAAUUGGUGGUUUUGGAGUCUAGAUUUUAAGUCUGCAGAUUCAAAAGCUCCAGCAGUCAUCAUGCUUCUGGUGGGGUGUAAUUAGUUAAUUGAUUACCUUGUGGUAGCGGCAUAUGGUCGGUCUUGUUUGGAUAAACUUCUCUAUGUCAGCUUCUAUGGUGACUGACAUUCAUCAUGAUGUCACUUUUUGGGCGGCAAUAGUAAUGUAAUUCUGGGUGCGAAUUGGUGGUUUUGUGGCUUUGGGACUUCCUCUGGCUGACUGGGAAUUGGCUGCUGAUGGGUAGAAUCUGGAGGAGGGUCACUCACUGGUUGAGAAGUUUUUUUUGUGUUGUAUGUAUUCAUCAUGGCAGGAGUGGCCAAAGCUAUCAAUUUGGUACUUUGUGUCUGCAGGUGGUAAUAAACGUGGAUUACAGUUGGUAGAAAAAACUAAUGGAAGCGUAUCUAUCUGAUUGGCAUGUUCGGUUGUGAAUUCUUCGACUAAAUUCGGGAACCUCUACUGCGAAAGACUUCUCCCUGGUAUCAAGUUUUUGUGUCGUGUAGAGGUGAGUUGUACAUUGUUUGAUUCUAUAGAAGACUCGAAUGCCUGAUGUGAGGCAAUCGUUUAAAAUUCUAAUCUUACUUCAGUUGUGAGGUCUAUAUGUUAGAUGAACUUAAUUAAAGUGUUUCUAUAAUUUGUAGGUUUACUAUGCUUACGAACACAAUAAGUUCCAUGUUUACUUAAUUGUGUAUUUCUUCUUUGACUAGAAUUUCUGAUUCUCUUGUGGGCUGAAACUUAGUCUUCUUAUUUGAUGGUCAAUUUGCUCAUGACUAUAUCUUAGCUAUACUAUGGCUUAGGGGCAUAAGAGAUAAUGUUCCGAUUGUUAGCAUUGGCAAUCUUUUCUCUGGUUGUGAAUGACAUGUUAAAAGUACAAAUGAUUGUUGGAUAUUGAUAUCGAUAUUAUUGGAA